AUGGCUUCUGAAAACGACUCCCCCUCGAUCACAACAAGACCCAUUGUCCAGUCUUCAGUGCAAUCCAACAGCAAACCGAUCAAUGUCAAACUUGUUUUACUCGGUGAAUCUGCUGUAGGCAAGUCUAGUCUGGUGCAUCGAUUUGUGAAUCGCAGUUAUGAGGAUAACCGAGAGCCUACUAUUGGAGCUGCCUUCCUUACCCAGCGAGUACAGCUCGAUGAUCGAACAAUCAAGUUUGAAAUUUGGGAUACUGCAGGACAAGAACGAUUCCAUUCAUUGGCUCCCAUGUAUUAUCGUAACGCUCAAGCUGCCAUCAUUGUCUAUGAUAUCACAAAGAGUAAAACAAUGACAAAAGCCAAAUCAUGGGCAAAGGAACUACAACGACAAGCCAAUUCGAAUAUCGUCAUUGCUCUCGCUGGCAACAAGUUGGAUUUGGUGGAAGGCAAUGAGGCGGAUAACACAAGUGUCGAUAGUGAACAACAUGAACGUCAAGUCCCUGAAGAAGAUGCUCGUGCCUAUGCAGAAGAAGCGGGUCUGUUGUUUAUGGAAACGAGCGCCAAAACCAGUGAGAAUGUGGAUACCAUGUUUAUGGAAAUUGCCAAAAAGAUCCCAUUGGAGCAUCUUAUCGCUGCUGGUCGAACCGAAGGUCGUGGUUUGAGAGGAGCUGGUAAUGUCGAUCUUAUGCAGCCAGCUACUGAACCUCAAGGAGCCGGUCGAUGCGCUUGUUAA